CAUUUCCCAAACGAUGCUCUGAAAAAAUUUGCACAGCGAAAAAGGAACGCGUUUUCAUCCAUGAAACAUGGUUGCACUUUUAGGCAAUAAAUAAGCAGUGCCUGCAAGCUUACGGCUUGUUGUUUUCACGAGACGCGAUGGGAGAUUUGAUGCCGGUGUUACGGCGAACUAACGGGAAUUAGUUGCGUUUGAACAGAGAAAACGCCGUGUGGUGAAUGUCUUUUGGCGCAACAUGGCUUCAGUGAACUUUUUCGAUGGUCCGGAGGAGCUCGAGGACUCGAAUCACGCUUUAAGUUUGAUGAAAGGGCUGAAAUUAUUCUACGACUCGCAAUUAUUAGUCGACGUGACUAUCGAAGUAGAAGCUGAACGGGAGUCGGUGGACCAAAGUGUUUCCUCUCCUGUUGCAGCGGGUACAUUUUUCCAGUGCAACCGCAAUAUACUGGCAGCUGCGAGCCCUUAUUUUAAGAGCAUGUUUACAGGAGGAUUGUAUGAGAGUACGCAGAGAAAAAUAACCAUUCAUGAUGUCGACGCAGACUCCAUGGCUGUCAUCAUCGAUUACUGCUACACCGGCAAAGUGACAAUCACAGAAGGCAAUGUGCAAAGGCUCUAUGCAGCUGCUAAUAUGCUUCAGUUGGAGUAUAUACGGCAGGUUUGUGCUAAUUUCAUGGCGAGAAGGCUGGACCUUUCUAACUGUGCAGGGAUUUUGAAGUUUGCUGACGCCUUUGACAAUCUGGAGCUGAAGAGCAAGUCUCAAGCAUUCAUUGCAAAGAACUUUGUCCAACUUAUUGCCAAUGUAAAGGAGCUUUGUGAGCUGGACCUGAGGCAAAUAAAAGAGAUCCUCAAUCUGGAUUCUCUCGAUGUGGACUGUGAAAGGAAAGUGUGUUCUUUCGCUAUACAGUGGAUUGAGAAUAAUUUGCAUGCAGAUGCUGAAGAUGCACUGCAGGUCCUUAGAUGUGUUCGGUGGUCUUUGUUUUCAGAAAAAGACAGGGGUUAUCUCGAAAGCCUUAAAUCAAACCCUUUUAUAAAGAAAUAUCUUUCUAAUGUGUUCGAUAGGGUCUUUGGUGAACAAAGCGUAAUGAUUUCAAUGGGUGUAAAUGACACCAAACAAAGAAUCGGGAAGAGUGCGAAAGAAAUGGUCCUCUUCUUCGGAAGGCCAAAUGAACCUUUCAUGUGCUACGAUCCCUACACUGAGGAAAUCUACUCAAUGGCUUCCCCGGUCAUUAACCUAAACAAUCAGAACUUCAAACACUCUCCUAUGGAGACGUUUUUGGUCUGUAGCACACCAGAAAACCAUUUGUAUCUGGCCUCGCACCUGUCAAAGCACUUCUGGGUGUACAACCCAAUGUUAAAUAGCUGGCAGGAGCUGGCAGAAAGACUGAUUGGACGAAUGCACUCGUACAUCGGCUAUCUCAAUGGGCACCUUUACAUUCUGGGUGGCAGAAAUCCAGUUUCAGAUGCCAGGCUCAAGGAAGUAGAGUGCUACAGCAUUCAAAGAAACCAGUGGAUUUUGGUGGCCCCUUUGCCUCACUCAUUGGGGAAGAUGCAGGUUGUGACAGUCAAUGAGCGAUUUUAUGUGGUGAAUAAGAGGAGGAUGCUCAGCUAUGAGCCCAAGAAAAACCACUGGCUCCAGCAGGGCUCUCUCAAACGCAGUAAACUCCACAAAGCCUGUGUCUUUCAGGAGCAGAUCAUCUGCCUGUGUGACAUCCCUGUGGUAAAAGCAUACAACCCAGCUCAUGGAGAAUGGAGGCGCAUUGGAGACAUUCCAAUUGAUAGCAGUGCUCUCAACUACCAAGUCGUGCAACACAAUAACAAACUGCUUCUACUAACGAUUGCAAUAGUUCAUCACAACAAAAAUAGGCUUGUUGUACAUGAAUAUGACCCCUCUCGGGACACUUGGCAAAAUGUGGCCACCAUGUUUGGAUCCUUGUUUGGGUUAAUAAGUCUCUCCAGCAGGGUGUAUACUGCAUGUCUGGGUUCUGGUCAGAAUUUCAUCUCUGAAGAGGAUGAUGACAGUGGCUCCAGUGCUGACUGGGACUUUGAUGGAUUGACUGAUGCAGACUCUGACUCUGGCAGCUCAAGCUCGUUUUCAGAUGAGAACUGGUAGUCAGUGUGUUUCUCAAAGUGUAAGCUGUGUCAAAUGUCACAAAUGCUGCAAAGUAUUUUGAGAUAUACAGUGGGGUCCAAAAGUCUAGGACUACUUUGGAAUUUUGAUUUUAUUAUGUAUUUAAAAUUGUAAAUAAAAUUUCAGUAUUUUGAAAAAAGAAAACAAAGGUGAUUACGUAAAAUUAGAAAUAUUUAAGAUUCUGUGUUAUUGGGGGGCUGGGUAGCUCAGCUAGUAAAGACGCCGACUACCAUCCAGGCGUGAGUUCGAAUCCAGGGUGUGCUGAGUGACUCCAGCCAGGUCUCCUAAGCAACCAAAUUGGCCAGGUUGCUCGGGAGGGUAGUCACAUGGGGUAACCUAAUUGUGGUCAUUAUGUGGCUCUCGCUCUCGGUGGGGCACGUGGUGAUUUGUGUGUGGAUGCCACGGAGAAUAGCGUGAAGCCUCCACAUGCACAAUGUAUCCACAGUAAUGCGCUCAAUAAGCCACGUGAUCAGAUGCAUGGAUUGACUGUCUCAGACGAGGAGGCAACUGAGUUUGUCCUCCUCCACCCGGAUUAAGGCGAGUCACUACGCCACCAUGAAGACCUAGAGCAUAUUGGGAAUUGGGCAUUCCAAAUUGGGGAGAAAAGGGGAGAGGGAGAAUAAAGAAAGAUCCUGCGUUAUUUAUAAACCACAAGCACCUUUGCUACAGGUCAGAUUUCCUUGCUUCAUAUUAAAUUCCUUAAUCAUAUUGUUAUGCUGAUGAUAUCAUUUUCAUUUGAAAUUUUUUGAUUUUUGAAAUUAUUAGCCUGGCAAAUAGUGGUUCACCCCAAAACAACCAGGCCAAAAUCUACUUGAAAUUCAUGCUAUUCAAGUAUUAUUAAACGAAGGCGUGCCUUUGUAAAAAUAGGCAAGUGAAUUAUACAUUGUCUCAGGAUUAUAAAUUGGCACAAAGAAUUGUUAGUAUUUUCACUUUGCCAGUCACAAAUAAAGAACAGUAGUAUGUUUGAAUCUUACACUGGGUAAAAAGGAGCUAAAGGCCCCCAAUUUCUGUUCCCAAAGUGUACAAUGAUCAGGAGAAAAUAGGACGUUUUCGUGAAUGUUGAUGGAGCAUCAAUAGUAUGUUUUGAUUAAAUAUAAUAUAAAGUUGGGGGUAUAUAAGUGUGGGGAAAAAGGCUUCUGUUGGGGCUAUUAUGGAUGUCCAAAUUUUGUCAUUAUAUGCAUACAGUUUUUAGACAUAUUGCCCUCAUAAAUAAGUAUAGUUUGUCAAAAUAACUACCAGCAAAGGGUGUACCAUUUUCUUUUUAUUUCAACCACUUUGGAUAUUUCCACAUCCCUUAGAAUUUUCAUUACAACACCUAUUAUUAUCUUUUUAGUCAAUGAACAGUGGAAGUAGGAUGAGAUCGCAAACAUUUGAAACACUGUUAAUAUUUCCCUUCUAAUGCAAGUUUGAACUUUCAUUUUCAGUAUGCAUAUU